CACCGCCUCCGAGACCCAGCUCGCCGAGCGGGCGCCGCCGCCGCCGCCGCCGUCCCCGCCGCUGUCGCCAGCUUCCGGCCGCGGCCCCUCCGCCGUCCAGGGCCCCUCCGUCUCGGCUCCGGGACCCCGGCUCCCCGCCAGCCCCGGCCCCGGCACCAUGUCGGAGAAGAGCGUGGAAGCAGCGGCCGAGCUGAGCGCCAAGGACCUGAAGGAGAAGAAGGAGAAGGUGGAGGAGAAGGCGAGCCGGAAAGAGCGAAAGAAAGAAGUGGUGGAGGAAGAGGAGAAUGGAGCUGAGGAGGAAGAGGAAGAAACUGCUGAGGAUGGAGAGGAGGAGGAUGAAGGGGAUGAAGAAGAUGAGGAAGAAGAAGAGGAGGAUGACGAAGGGCCCGCACUGAAGAGAGCUGCCGAAGAGGAGGAUGAAGCAGAUCCAAAGCGGCAGAAGACAGAAAAUGGGGCAUCGGCAUGAGGCCCCCAUCAGGAGGCUGGGGCGGGAGGCCCCUGGGUCUGGAGGCAGGGGUGGGAACAGACCAGUACAGCCGCCCUUCACCUGGCUUCUGCCUCUGGGGCCUGCCCCACAGCUGCCACCCUCCUCCUUCUCCCCAGCCCUCCUUCCACCCUCCAGACACUGCCCCACCUCACUGCCAUCCAGCCACCUCCUGAGCGCCCCAGCCUUCCUGUCGCCCCUCCACCUUCCUUGCUGUCUUCUCUGCCCCACUCCUCCCACAUCCCUGUCCUGGGGUAGCCUCUCCCCUCUGCCCCCGAAUCCCCAGCCUCACUUCCUGUUCAUCCCUCUCCUGCCUGAUCCCGGGUCUCCCUCAGAUCCCUUCUCAGACAGCGCCAGGCCGGGGUAGGGCCGGGGUUGGGGCCAAGCCCCGAAGCUGCCCCCCUCCCCUCCCCUUUUUGUAUAAUUUAAUAAAGAAAUGGUCGCGCUUCUGUUUUUAA